AUAGGCUGGACCAUGUCGGCCUUCGAGAAGCCUCAGAUCAUCGCCCAUAUCCAGAAGUGCCUCAAUUACACAGUGUUCGACUGUAAGUGGGUGCCCUGCAGCGCCAAAUUUGUGACCAUGGGCAACUUCGCACGGGGCACCGGCGUCAUUCAGCUGUACGAGAUCCAGCAGGGGGACCUAAAGCUGCUUCGGGAGAUCGAAAAGGCCAAACCCAUUAAAUGUGGAACAUUUGGUGCAACAUCUUUACAGCAGAGAUAUUUAGCUACUGGAGAUUUUGCUGGAAACCUUCGUAUAUGGAAUUUGGAAGCUCCAGAGAUCCCAGUAUAUUCUGUAAAGGGCCAUAAAGAAAUUAUAAAUACUAUAGAUGGUGUAGGUGGACUUGGAAUCGGGGAAGGGGCACCUGAAAUUGUGACUGGCAGCCGAGAUGGCAAUGCUUACAAUCAAGAGGAACGUGUCGUGUGUGCUGGUUAUGACAAUGGAGAUAUCAAGCUGUUUGAUCUCAGAAAUAUGUCCUUAGGGUGGGAGACAAAUAUAAAAAAUGGAGUAUGUAGCUUGGAGUUUGACAGAAAAGACAUAAGUAUGAAUAAGUUAGUAGCUACGUCUCUGGAAGGAAAGUUUCAUGUUUUUGACAUGAGAACACAGCAUCCAACCAAAGGUUUUGCUUCUGUUUCAGAAAAGGCUCAUAAAUCUACUGUGUGGCCGGUUCGACACCUACCACAGAACAGAGAGCUCUUCCUGACAGCAGGAGGCGCCGGCAGCCUGCACCUCUGGAAGUAUAAAUACCCAAUUCAGCGGUCAAAGAAAGAUUCCGAGGGUGUAGAGAUGGGAGUCGAGGGCUCGGUCAGCCUUCUGCAGAACGUUACAUUGUCUACCCAGCCCGUUUCAAGUUUGGACUGGAGUCCAGAUAAGAGGGGUCUGUGCAUCUGUAGUUCAUUUGAUCAAAUGGUAAGAGUACUGAUUAUUACAAAACUCCACAAAAUUUGAUCUGAAGACUUUGGACUCGAAAGCUUCCAAAGCAACACUCAGAGAAUUUAGAAUACAUUCUGGGAUCCUCUGAUUCUCAUUGAACAAAGUGGGAUUUGACUGAUGAAAAAAGGCCCCAGAUGCAAACCUCUGGGCCAGCCUCUCUCUGUGUGCGAAAGGCCACUCGUGUGUCUGGCGACCUGACUGGAUGGUGGUUUGCCAUUGCGCAUGGCGCACCAUGGUCUCCAGCACCAACUCUGUUCCUCUCCCCUCCAUUUCAAAAAAACAUGGAAACUUUUCUAUAUUUAAUUAUUUUAAAUUCAUUCUGUAUCCUCAAAGCUCCAUAUUCUAUAAUAACGCUUGUGUUGCAUUUUAGUGUUUACA